AUGCCUCACUUGCUGUCUGCCAGCAAUGGCGAGUCAAGUCGGAGUAGAAGUAGGCAGAGAGCGCGGACAGAAGUCGGAGAGCAUCGCAGCAUGUGGGACCGCCUGAGUCUGCAGAAGAUUGGCUCAUGGCUGAAGAGGGAAGAGGAGGAACCCCCGCCACCACCACCACCACAACAACAACCUGAAAAAGCUGGAGCCCCCAACAAUGAGCAGAACAAGGAGAAUGCGAGGCCACACUCGAGCGGAGAGCCUGUUUCACGAACAGCAGGCCUGCUGCAUAGGAGAGGCAGUAGGAGGGUGGUCCCUGGCUUGCCUAGGCCCUUGACGUUCAAGAGGAUGAACAGCGAGAAGAGGGACAAGCUAUUGGAGGUGCCUCUUGAAGCCGAGCCGAAACGAGCUGCGUCGGCCGAUCGCAAGGAGUCGACAGUCACAAAGCGAUCCCUCUCCCCACCUCCCAUGUCCGUACCCUCCAUGUCUGCGCCCGACCUCCUGAGUCCGCGCGAGAGCGACAGCCAAAAGAAGCCACGGCCAGAGCCCACAAUAGGCGGAGGGCCAGACUCGAACAUUCCCGCAGGCGCAAGACAGGUCGACUACGACGACGCGCCUAGCCAAGACUACAUGGCUGUAGACGAACCGCCGCCCGUGCAGCUAGCUGAUGCGUACUCGGAGCAUGGCUCGCAUCGGUCCGCAUCUGACGUCGAUGAUACACGGCUGCAGGAAGAGCUGGAGGCCAAGUGGAUUCUGAACCUCAGUAUGCACUUCCGAGACAUGUCGGACCGUGAGAAGUUCUUCAUCACCUACGCCGAAGAGCCCAAUAAGUGGAGACGCGUGACGGUGUCCUGCGAUUACCGCCAACUAGAGCCCGAGUCACUCGAAUCGGACCUGAAGACUCUACAUUACCAGAGAGACAAGAGCUCCCGCAUCUACGAAGCCAUUCGUGACUCCCUGCCCGAUAUUCAGUUCUACGACACCGUGACGAACCUCAAGCUCGAAACCACAGAUGGUCGUCUACAUGUUCACGUCACCGAAGACGUCAAUGAGAUCAUCCCAUACCCUCCCACGUCCGCUAUCGACCACCUCGAGUGCAAGCGCUUCAGAGAGAAUGCCGUCUCCUUCGACUCGCACAUCUCUGGAUUCGUUUACAAAGUCUCCAUUCACAACAAAGUAUACAUCAAGAAGGAGAUUCCAGGUCCAGACGCUGUCGAGGAGUUCCUUUAUGAGAUCAACGCCUUAUCCAGCCUACAAGACUCCAAGUCCGUCAUCAAGUUCGAAGGUAUCAUUGUUGACGAGCAGAAUGAGCUCAUCAAGGGGCUGCUGAUCAGCUACGCCGAGCAAGGCGCACUUGUGGAUAUGAUCUACGAUUACAAGCCAACGGGCCAACUGCAUUGGGAACGCCGUGAGCGAUGGGGGCGUCAAAUCAUUGAGGGUCUUUCCGAGAUCCACGAAGCCGGCUAUGUACAGGGCGACUUUACAUUGUCAAAUAUUGUCAUCGACCACGAUGAUAACGCGAAGAUUAUCGACAUCAACCGCCGCGGGUGUCCUGUUGGUUGGGAGCCGCCUGAACUUGCAAAGCUCAUUGAGAGCGGGCAGCGCAUCUCGAUCUACAUUGGCGUCAAGUCAGAUCUCUACCAGCUAGGCAUGGUGCUAUGGGCGUUAGCGGAGCAACAGGAUGAGCCAGAGCGCCAGGAACGACCACUGGCGCGGACACUCAAUCGACAACACACGGAUGUUCCAGAAUAUUUCAGGGACAUCAUCCGGGCCUGCUUGAACGAAACUCCUCGUGGACGACCAGCCGCAAGCGCUCUUUUGAAGAGGUUUCCGGAACAACAGGAGCCCAAGAUCAAGGUUGCAUCAAGAGAAAGCGUCUCAACGCAUAGGAGCGCCAAAGAGUAUAUCGAUCCGGCUACCGCUGUAGACCUGGAGGACAUUUCCAAUCAUCGCCGGCAUUCAAGGAACAAGUCAUCGUUUGAGAACAUCAAUGUGCCUCCCACAGAAUACCCCGCGUCAUCCGGCUCCUACAUCAUGCCGAACAACAAUAUUGAGCGUGGGCGAUCUCCCAGUCCCUUGCGAAGCAGCAGUACGAACAGAAGGAGUGACUGCUCGCCAUACCCCGGUCAUCGAUCCGUCAUGUCGCUCGAUGAUUCAGAGCUAGAGAAUGAGCUGGCUAGCCUUCCAGCUAGCAGAGAGACAAGAUGGGAGCAGGUGUACAUAGACGGCGACACGAAACUAGUCCAGCGAGGCUGUGUCGAUAUCGAUGUUCAUGAUUUUGCGACCCAAGAACCGAAAGAGGUCUGCAUCACAACCCCACCAGGCGAACUAGAGAACUCGUUUCUGGCAGGCAAAGCGUCUGACGAUACGCCGCUAAGCUUGUCACAAGUUGCUGAACUCCAACCAAUAGAACCUCCGGCCACACAAAACUGUCUGCAAGAACCGCACGACAGAAAGCAUCAUCGAGGCGUUGGGAGCAAAGCCUCCUUUAGCGAUCGCGUACACCAGCUGGCACAAUCACAGACUCAGCAUACAACACCCGAUGACACACAAUACCAUAGCCGCCAUUCCCAGAUUCCAGAUUCCACGACACUCGCCAGCCUCGAGCACGAGCUCGCAAUGGACUCCUCUGUGAGCAGCUCGGCCGCACCAUCUCGCGUUGGUACCGGAUUUUCUAUCUUCGACCGCCCAGAGCGCACGGGAAGGGUCUCAACGGGCUUUUCGAUGGCGGCAGGAUAUCAUAUGCCGUUACAUCAAGAUUCGGGCUUUGCUGAACCAGAGCGGGUCUCGUUUGAAAGCGAACGUAUACGGUACAGUCUGGAUGAGAGUAUCAGGGAUUUAAGGAUGUCGAAAGAGGAAGACAGGAUCCAUGAGAGGCUGUGGGAUGAAAAGGAUGGCGCCUUAUUCGGUGAGGGCGUUCGCAGAACUGAGCUUGAGAUCAAGCCAGAGCCGAUUCCCAUUUUCGCGGUCCCAGCAUCACCGUCGAAGCCAACAAACGCAGCAAGCUCCUCAAUGGCACCACCGACAGCUCGUAGCGUAGGGCCAAACAACGUUCUACGUGUCGCUGACGUCCGAGACAAACCGCUGGAAGAGAAAGUGUCCAACACCACCAUCCGACCGCCCAGCAUCCUCAUCCCCGACUUCCAUCACGGGGUCCCCGAAGCUGUUGAGUCCACAAAGUCGAGUCCGCCUAUCGCGACGCCCGUAACUGGUUCAUCCCGUGAACGUACAAUACCCAAUUACGACCCCUACAAUCAUUAUUCACCACAGCGUCACUCCUCCGAUCUCCACGCCUACUCGAGCUCUGAUCUAGGAGAUGAGGCAGAAGGAGCAUCUGACGACCUCUCCGAUUACCUCUCCCACUCCAUUUCCUACUCGCAUCCCAGCGACUAUUAUCACUCGCAGCCACAACAACAACAACAACAACAAGAAAGGGGUUCGCAAGGACCAAAAGUUUGA